UUAAAAGCCUUAAUGCGUAUGGCAGUCAUAGGCUCGGAUUGUUCGUGAGAAGGAUAAAUAUUUGAGUUUAUUUCUCUUCAUAAACUUAGAGGAGACACUUGUGAGAAUGCAGGGUCUUAAUAACAGAAUUGCAUACAACUCUCCUCUUGUCUUUAUUUAAUCUCAUUGCUGUAUCUGAAACUUUUGAGAUUUACAAUAUAACGUAUAAGACAUGCUGUCAGUUUGCUGUAAUCGCAUUUAUAUUAGUUUACAUGAAUAGACGUCCAUAUAGCUGUGUACAUUAGCAACCUGCUUAUCGAUAACUUUAAUUUUGAAUGAUCUGAGUAUUGAUAAGCUACAAAGAAAAAUGUCUGUGUACUCAAAACUACCAUCUGAGCUGAAGAAACCCCUUGUGAGAAACACCAUUGUCCUUCUUGUUGCUCUGUAUGGGGCAAAAAAACUUUCCCCUUACGUUUAUGGCAAGCUCAAGGGAAGGACUAGUAAACAGGUUAAGGGCACUGACCCGGUUACCACCAAUAGAGAACCACAAGAAGUGGAAGUUGCAAAGAAAAAGAAAAGCUCCCCGGCUGUGAACCGCGAAUUCUUUGAGAGGUUGAUUCGUCUUUUGAAAAUCCUCUUUCCUCGGCUUUUCUGCAAAGAACUCGGCCUACUCGGUUUCCACUCUCUAGCUCUCAUUUCACGCACAUUUCUCUCCAUCUAUGUAGCCAAUUUGGAUGGGCAAAUAGUGAAAACCAUUGUGAAGAAAGACCCCAGGGCGUUUGUGGUUGAGUUAACCAAAUGGCUGCUCAUUGCCAUUCCCGCCACCUUUGUGAACAGUGCCAUCCGUUACCUGGAGGGUCAGCUGACCCUCGCAUUUCGCACUCGAUUGGUCACCCAUGCCUACAUGAUGUAUUUCAGUGACCAGACAUAUUACCGUGUAAGCAACAUGGAUGGAAGGCUGGCAAACCCUGAUCAGUCUUUGACUGAAGAUGUGGUGAUGUUUGCUGGCUCUGUGGCUCAUCUGUACUCUAACCUGACCAAGCCUAUCCUCGAUGUAGUGGUGACCUGUUACACACUCAUAAAAACAGGCGAGUCGAAAGGUGCCAACACCACAUGGCCCUCCAUCAUAGCUGGCAUUGUGGUGGCGUUUACUGCCAAGAUUCUGAGAAUGUUCUCUCCCCGCUUUGGUAAACUGGUGGCCGAGGAAGCCAAGAGGAAAGGCGACCUGAGAUACAUGCAUUCACGCAUCAUCGCCAAUUCAGAGGAGAUCGCCUUCUAUGGAGGACAUAAGAUCGAGAUGUUGCAGCUGCAGCGGAGCUACACGGCGCUGUCCAAGCAGAUAAACCUCAUCCUGUUCAAGAGGCUGUGGUAUGUCAUGCUGGAACAGUUCCUGAUGAAAUAUCUCUGGAGUGCAUCGGGCCUGGUCAUGGUCGCCGUGCCCAUCAUCACUGCCACUGGAUACUCUAAAUAUGAUUCAGAGGAUGUAAAACAGGCAGCCCUGGGGAUGAAGGAGGAGGACUUGGUGAGUGAACGCACACAGGCCUUCACCACGGCCCGGAACCUUCUGAACGCCGCAGCUGAUGCAGUGGAGAGGAUCAUGGUCUCCUACAAAGAGAUCACAGAACUGGCUGGAUAUACGGCUCGUGUGUAUGAGAUGUUCGAGGUGUUUGAGGAUGUGCGUGUCGGAGUGUACCGUCGUUCGGCCUCAGAGGUGAAACCAGAAAAGCCAGGGACGGCUGGGAAGAUAAAACAUGGCAUGAGAGUGGAGGGACCGCUGCAGAUCAGAGGUAAGGUGAUUGAUGUGGAACAGGGCAUCAAAUGUGAAAACCUGCCCAUAAUAACUCCUACAGGGGAUGUGGUGGUUUCCAGCCUGAACAUACAGGUUGAUGAAGGCAUGCAUCUGCUGAUCACAGGCCCCAACGGUUGUGGAAAAAGCUCUCUCUUCAGAAUCCUGAGCGGCCUCUGGCCCGUCUACAGCGGAGUGCUUUACAAGCCAUCACCCGAGCACAUGUUUUACAUACCUCAAAGGCCUUAUAUGUCGGUGGGAACGCUGAGAGAUCAGGUCAUCUAUCCUCACUCUGUUCAGGAGAUGCAGGAGAAAGACAUCACUGACCAGCAGCUGGAGGACAUCCUCAAAACUGUGAACCUCUGCUACAUCCUGGAGAGAGAAGGAGGUUGGGAUGCAGUGAGCGACUGGAAGGAUGUUUUGUCUGGAGGAGAGAAGCAGCGGAUGGGCAUGGCCAGGAUGUUUUACCACAAGCCUCAAUACGCCCUCCUGGAUGAGUGCACGAGUGCUGUGAGUAUUGAUGUGGAGGGCAAAAUCUUUGAAGCUGCGAAGGAUGCUGGGAUUGCGCUUCUCUCUAUUACACACCGUCCUUCUCUCUGGAAGUACCACUCUCACCUGCUGCAGUUUGAUGGCGAGGGCGGCUGGCGCUUUGAAAAGCUGGACGCCUCCACACGUAUCUCCCUGCAGGACGAGAAGCUCCGGCUUGAGACCCAGCUCUCGGGAAUUCCCAAGAUGCAGCAGCGGCUGGUAGAGCUGUGCCGCAUUCUGGGGGAGGACAGCAGUCUGCCGAACCCAGGGGAAGUGGAGGAAGAUGAUGGGAUGGAGGGAGAGAGGGAGCAACAGAAGGAGGGGGAGGAGAAGGAGAGAGAUGUGGUAUCUGGUGGAAAAGGGAAAGACCUUAUGGAGUGAUUUGCAGAGAGAUGAUGGAUGCAUUCAAGGCCAGGUGUGAGCGUGUGUGUGUGUGCGUGCAUAUAUCUGCCCACAUAUGUUUUAGAUGCAUGCAUUGACUUAAUCGGUUUCUAAUAGGGUUAGGAAUCAAAAACUUAAUCAGAACUGGUUC